AUGGCCGCUGCCUUCGAUGACGAAGACCUCUCCGUCCCCCUCCCAUCCUUCGAUCGCGACCGUGACCGUGACCGUGAUCGUGAUCGCCGCCGUGACCGCGUCCCUGCUGCCCCUCCUCCCUCCGCCGUGAAUUACUCCGCCGUGCCCAUGCCUCCGCCCUCUCGUCCGACCGGCAAGGGCCCCGACCCGUCCACCCAGUCCCCCGCCACCACCAGAGACAUGCAGCGGCUCGACCAGUACCAGACCAUCAAGAUCCUCGGCGAGGGCUCGUUUGGCAAGGUCAAGCUGGCCAUCCACCAGCCCAGUGGUCGCCAGGUGGCCUUGAAGAUCAUCUCCCGGCGCAAACUGCUCUCGAGGGACAUGGUCGGUCGGGUCGAGCGCGAAAUCCAGUACCUUCAAUUGCUACGCCAUCCCCAUAUCAUCAAGCUGUACACCGUCAUCGCCACAAAAUCCGACAUUGUCAUGGUCCUAGAAUAUGCCGAACGGGAACUUUUCGACUACCUGGUGAAGAGGGGCAGAUGCAACGAUACCGAAGCUCGCAAAUUCUUCCAGCAAAUCAUCUGUGCCGUCGAGUACUGCCAUCGUCAUAAGAUCGUCCAUCGUGACCUGAAACCGGAGAACCUGCUGAUCGACAGUGAAAAGAACGUUAAGAUCGCGGAUUUCGGGCUGAGUAACAUCAUGACCGAUGGCAAUUUUCUGAAAACCAGCUGCGGGAGUCCGAAUUACGCCGCCCCCGAGGUCAUCUCCGGCAAGCUGUACGCGGGCCCCGAAGUCGAUGUCUGGAGCUGCGGUGUCAUUCUCUACGUGCUGUUGGUGGGGCGACUUCCAUUCGACGAUGACUAUAUUCCGGCCCUUUUCAAGAAAAUCGCCGCGGGCAACUUCCAUAUGCCUCCAUACAUAUCACAGGGGGCUGCUCGGUUAAUAAAGAUGAUGCUCCAGGUGCAUCCGGUCCAUCGAAUCACCAUCCCCGAGAUUCGGAUGGACCCUUGGUUUCUCCAGGACCUCCCCAAAUACUUGCAACCGCCGCCGGAGGAAUUCAUCGCAACGGGCGUGGAUCCAAACAAGUCGAUCGAUCCGCGCAAACUCGCUCCGGGGAAGCCUCUCUCUGCGCAGCACAAGAUCAAUCAAGUGGCCAUCUCCAAACUAGAAAGGAGCAUGGGAUACGCCCGUGAUGACAUCGAGGAGGCAUUGAAGCAUCCGGAGCCCAGCGCUGUCAAGGAUGCGUUCUUCAUCAUUGUGGAGAAUGAAAUGAUGCAAACCAAUUCGCCCACGGAGGAUCAUAUGAUGGGCUCCGCCGUGGCACCUUCUCCACCGCCAGACAAGAUUAUCCAACGCCCAGCGGCGGCAAAUGACAGACCACCAGCUGCUCGUCCACCAGGGGUCCAAACUGCACUACCCACGAGAACGAGGAGCGGCUCGCAACGCCAGAACUUCCAGCUGUCGCAGCAGCACGACCACGAUGAUCCGGAGGAGCCCCGUGUGAGCCAUGUCAGAAUCUUGCCGACCAGCCUACCGUAUGUCCAUGAUCAGCUCAUGGAACAGAGGGAGCGGGAGCGGGAACAGAGACUUCAAGCCGCGGAUCGGCUAUUAGAAGAGCAGGCUCAGGCCAGGGCUAAGGACGGCGACGACUCCCAGGCUGGCCAUGACUGGCGGUCGCGAGAGGAACAGGAAGCAACCGCUCGGGCUUUGAAGCCUCACUCGCGCAGUAUCGUCGAUCUCGAAAAGCUGCGGCUAGAGCCUCCCGAGGGACGCAGUGCGCCACAUCAACCCAGACGGACUCGGAAAUGGCAGUUUGGAAUCCGAUCGCGGAACCAGCCCUAUGAAGCGAUGCUGUACCUUUACCGGGCAAUCGCAGCCCAAGGGGGCAUCUGGGAUAUUGUUCCCGACGAAUCAGGUCAGGCACAGCCUGCAGACCAGCCCAAGCCGCUGCAAAGCAAAUAUCCCGAUUUGCCAUCCGACUACUACAUUCCUAAGGACCCCUGGUUCAUUCGAGCUCGUCUCCUGAAAGAGGGGGUCAAGGCGCCGGGCGUAUCGGGAAGCGUGCACAGUAGUCGCAGCGACUUGGAAGAAUUCCGCCGUCGAUUCAACCUGAGCGGGCCAUCUUCUCUGGACGAAAAGAACUGGACCCCCGUGGAGCCUGGCAACGUAUCCGGUCCAUCUUCCAGCACGCAACAUCAUGCGAUCCGCGGGAUCUCGUACGGAGUGUGGGUUUUCGUGGACAUCCAACUAUACCAGUUGGAGGAAAAUAACUACAUGGUCGACUUUAAGUGUGAUGGAUACCAAAACGUGAUCCGUGCUGAAGUGGACUCCGAAUGGCAUCCGAUCAGCAAGCGCUUCCGCAACAAGGAAAAGGAGGUCACCAGCCCGUAUCCCUUCCUCGACGUGGCAUCCGACUUGGUCGCACAGCUGGCGGUUGCGAGCUAG